AUGAAAGAACUAUCGUAUGACAGAGUAGCUCUACAAAGGGAACAUGAUGGUUAUGUAAAGUGUUUAACUGCCGAACAGGAAAGAAUAUAUAAAAUUGUUAUGAAAGCGAUUGAAAAAGGUGAUGGAGGUGUCUUUUUUGUGUAUGGUUAUGGUGGAAAUGGAAAGACGUUUCUUUGGAAGACAUUCGCAGCUGCAUUACGAUCGAAAGGUGAAGUUAUAUUGAAUGUUGCAUCCAGUGGAAUUGCUUCACUUUUGUUGGAUGGUGGUAGAACUGCUCAUUCAAGAUCUUCGGACCACAUCUUUAGUUGCAGACAUGAAACAGAUGAAAUCAGCUUGCAGACAGUUUAUGUCUGCAAAAACAAACAGCACCUAAGAGUUGGAUGUCAGGAAACAGAUCUGCAAGAAAUAAAGGAAUUUGCAGAAUGGAUUUUAAAGCUUGGUGAUGGUCUCCUUGGUGAAGAAAAUGAUGGUGAGGUAGAUAUUGAAAUUCUAGAUGAUUUACUUAUUCAUGAUCAAGUCAAUCCUAUUUCUUUUCUCAUUUCAUUUACAUAUCCGGACAUGAAUAAGUUUUUGUGGGAUUUAACGUAUUUCCAACAAAGAGCUAUUCUUGCUCCAACUAAUGAAGUAGUGGAUUCAAUAAAUAAAGAGUUGUUAGAGAAUCUACCUGGUGAAGAGAAGAUUUAUUUUAGUUCAGAUACUUUAUGUUAA